CUCCAGGUGGUGUUCCAGCCAGCGGUGGAGCCAUGGCUGCAGCUCUCCUGCUAUCUCCCGCUCUCCUUCCCGCGAAAAGCCACGGGCUUCUCUGCCGUUCCCGCCAUCUCCAGUCCCCCUCCUCCCCCGCACGACGCGGUCGCGGUUGUCUGAGGAUCCACGCGCUCCAAGAAAGCAAAGAGGAGGCGGCGACAUCCUCGUCGGCCGAAGAGAUCACCAAGAAGUACGGGCUCGAGUUUGGCCUCUGGAAGAUAUUUAGUUCCAAGGAUGGAGGAAGGGAAGGGAAAGGAACGGAGGGAGAGGGGAAGGAGAAAUCGAGAGCGGAUCAGGCAAAGGAGCUGUUGGCCAAGUAUGGAGGGGCUUAUCUGGUCACCUCCAUCACCUUAUCUUUGAUUUCUUUCGCCCUUUGCUACGUCCUCGUUAGCGCUGGAAUUGAUGUCCAGGCUUUGCUCAACAAGGUGGGCUUUGCAACGGAUGAGACCGGUGGGAAGGUGGGAACGUUCGCAUUGGCUUACGCCGCGCACAAGGCCGCGUCGCCGAUCAGGUUUCCUCCGACCGUCGCACUCACCCCAAUUGUAGCCAGUUGGAUUGGGAAGAAGAGAGCCAAGACUGAUAACUGAUUGCAUAAUCCUGGCCUUUUUCUUUUUUCCUUCUUGUUUUGCCUCGUACUCUCAUUUUUGUCGCUUGAAUUAAAAUUUUAAUGAAUGGCUAUGUGUAGAUUUUAUGUCACAGAUUUUCACGAUAAUCUAUAUUGUCAUGCCUGGUGGAACGAACAUUGGCUUCUUUAAUAGUGAUUUUUGAGUUUGAUGAAA